CAUUGCUGCGCGACGGACUUACAGUUGACAUAAGACCGAAAAAUCUGCAGUGAUCCGGUUCGGGGCACCCUUCGUCUCCCGAUAGACCUUUUAAAUAAAUUCUUACUCUCGAUUUCACAUACAUCGUCGAUUGUAAGUCACCGUUUCAGUUAGGUAUUUGCGUUUUUCUUUGAACCGGAAGACCUAAAAGAAAUCAAAGUUCGCUAGGAGGUGACAUCUGGCUGUUCCACACCUGACUUCAUUGAAUGAGGUUUAAAACAAUUAGCAUUUGUUUUGGUUCGAUACCCAUACAAUACUAAACACGCCUUACUUUCAGUCAGAAGCAGCUGGGCACAUACUCAUAUAAAUCUGCAGGUCAACGGUGACGAGCUGGCGCAGGUUGUGGGUUGUCCGUGGAUAAUGCGAGACAGUGGCGGUAGCCUGGCCCAGAACUGCUGGCAGGGAGACCUGGGUCUGACCGCUGUGGGACAGGGCGACACAGGAGGAGGUGGGAUUCCUGGGGACCACCUCAUAGUCCCAGUGUCGGGCCACAGCGUACCCAGCCCCAUGCACCUCAGACUGGGGCAGAAAGAGAAAGUGUGGACACGCGAGUAUGUCGACGAGGAGGAAGAGGAUGGGAUGGGUGAGAUUGAGGCAAUAGGUGACGAGGAAGAAGAAAACAAUCUGGAUGGGGAGGACAAGGGUGAGAUUGAGGGUGAAGAUUGGGAUAACAAUGAGGAGGAGGAGGAGGAGGAAGAAGAUGAGGAGGAGGCAGAGGUGGAGGAGGAAGGAGACCAAGCAGAGGUAGAGUGGGAGAUCCCAGACUUUCCCUUCCAGUCCACCCAGUACCGCCAUUCACAACAACAUCAACACUGUGGACCACAACAGAAGGCAGAAGAACGUGCUGAUGUUGCUGUAGAGGAAACUCUCUCCCAGGCUGAAGCAGGGGACUUGUUCAGGUCCCACCUCAGCAAGACCAGGGCUCUGAGGAGGCUCAGGCGCUGGCAGCGUUUGCGAUCCCAUGGAGGCCUUGGAUUUCGGCUCACUCAGCACUGGAAGAGCUGGCGCCAGCGAGCCCAGUGGGUGUGCUUUCUAGGGCAGCGGUGGAGUCGGAGAGGGCAAAGGUACAAUCUGUAUGGCAAGCAGAGGAGGAUAAAAAGGUAUCACCAGUCAUCAUACACCGAUGGAGCAGAUGACAGCAACGAUGACAGGUUCACAGAGUCUGACAGAGAUAAGAAGGUAAAUGGCUGCUCUCCAGACAAGCAAGAGGACAGAGGGAGACGGGAAGUGGAGGUCAAACCAGUGGAACUGGCCCUUACUGAGGAACACAUGAGCUGUGUGACUGGUAUUCUCGAGGAGUCUCUACAGCAGUAUGGCAGUUUAAUCCCCAUCCAUGUGGAUGACAUUGUGGAGAAGCUUCAGGACAUCUUCAGUGAGAACUUCUCACAGCCACACAGGAAAGCAGUGGUCCAGCACCUAAUACAAUCCUUCCAGCGUUCUUCAGGAUCAGCCCUGGCUAAAACAUUCAGAGUCAACUACAAACGCCAUGUUCUGACUAUGGAUGACCUGGGCACUCUGUAUGGACAGAACUGGCUCAAUGACCAGGUUAUGAACAUGUAUGGUGACCUGGUCAUGGACUCUGUGCCAGAGAGGGUUCACUUUUUCAACAGCUUCUUUUAUGAUAAGCUAAGGACAAAAGGCUAUGAUGGAGUCAAACGGUGGACAAAAAAUGUUGACAUCUUUCAGAAGGAUCUGUUGUUGAUCCCCAUCCACUUAGAGGUUCACUGGUCACUGGUCAGUGUUGACAUUCCUCGUCGAGCCAUCACUUACUUCGACUCUCAGCGAACCCUCAACAGACGCUGCCCAAAGCACAUUUUUAAGUAUCUGCAAGCAGAGGCCAUCAAAAAAGACCAACAAGACUUUCUGACGGGAUGGAAAGGCUUUUUUAAAAUGAAUGUGGGUCGUCAGAACAACGACAGUGACUGUGGGGCUUUUGUGCUACAGUACUGCAAGUGUCUGGCACUAGGGCAGCCAUUCAGCUUUGGCCAGCAAGACAUGCCCCGCCUGAGGAGGCAAAUGUACAAAGAACUAUGUCACUGCAAACUCAUCCUGUGACCAACCACCCCAACCCGAGCCAACCAUCUCCACCUGCUCCCACCCCUAACCCCAACAAGAUGGAGGGACAAUAGUCUAACGAGAAGAGGACAAGAGGAGCAAAUGAUUGACUGGAAAAAGAGAAACUUUUCAAAAACUUUAUUUUUCUCUGCCAAUUUCCAGAUAAAUUACUUCUACUGUAGGUGAUGUCAUUGUUUUGCUUUGUUUUGUCUCUCUUUGCUUCCCUCUCUCCUCCCUUUGAAAACUUUGAAAAACUGUUCUGGUUAUUCCUUUGUGGUUGACAGAGGCCAAGACUAUCUUCCAUUUUGGAAAUGUGCUAAUCUUCCAUUCUGUUGUAGUCCAUAUGUAUUUUUCAGUUGAAAAAGAUCAUGGAGAUAUUCAAAGAAUUCAGUCCAGAUGAAGUCUGGUCCUUCAUAGUUAGUCCAACAUGACUUGCACCAUUGUAAGACGCCUGAAUAAUGAGUGCAAAGGUAGCCUGAAACAGCAGAACAGUUUGAACCAGUCCGUGUAAGCUUGUGGUUUAAUAGUACCAUUGGAUUUUCAUAACUGACAUCCAUCCAGUCCACACAUUCAGUUGUGUUCCAUUCCAAAUCAAGUCAGAAGUGUAAAACUCUCAGCUCACACCUUUGGUAAAACAACAUAUAAUACACCCCCCCACAUGCUUCAGCCAGUGUUAUGUUGACGAUGCUAUCUAGUCAGCAUGUACUGUUUGCCACUUGAAUGCAACGUGACAUUUCUGAUGUAUAAUAUUUGUUUCCUACAAGAUAUUUAGAUGGGUUUAAACUGAUGCUGAAAUGGAACUUAAAUACAUAGUUGAUACCAUGUUGACAUUAGAAAACAGCAUUUUUCUGAGGAAAAUCUCAAUUUACACAACAUCCAUGGAACACAACACAUAUUGACGCCUUUACCAGAAACUGCCUCCAUCACUCUUCCCAGUAAUACAAAUAGAACAUCUUCACAUGGGAGACUGGAUCUGCAUCUGUCGAUCGUCCCCCAGACAAGCCAGAAUGACAUUGGCCUAAAAAGAAGGGGUAGCUUUACAUUGCAUUUAUCUCUUUCCGUGUUUUAUCUCUGUCAGUGAAUGUGUUGAUAUGCUUAUUGCUUUAAACAAACGGUGUUAAAAGGAGGACUACUAAUUUGUGUUAUUUUAAGUGUAGGUGCAAAAGAGAUCCUCUGGUUAGUAUUUCUUUGAAAGUUUGAGAGCCAUUUUGGUGAGGACCAUGACAGCUACAUAAUAGAUUAAGCAUGUCCACCAUGAAGUACCCUCCUCUUCUUUUUAUAACGAAAGACAAAUUUGUUGAUAGCUGUGUUUUUUUUUCUUUUUCUUUUUUCUUUUAUUCGUCUUUUUUUUCAAACGAGUUGAUGGCAGCAGAGUUGACAGUUUUAUAUAUCUUCUACAAUGCAUUAUGGUUGCUAAAAAUAAAAAUACGUGUCAAACGAGA